UUGACGAGAUUAAAAAAUUUUUUGAAGCUAGGUAAGAUUAACAUAUUUAUCUUUUAUUUUUUUUACAUUGACCACUGAAACUUCUGUGUUAACACCAAUUUUGUUUGUAGAUAUAUCUCUGCGUGUGAGUCUACAUGGAGGAUACUCGCUUUCCCAACACAUUACCGAUCUACACCUGUAGAGAAACUAACAUUUCAUCUGGAAGGAGAUCAACCAGUUAUUUACAGGAAAGGUGACACGGUUAAAAGUGUGAUGGAUCGGGUGAAAUACGCAAAGACGAUGUUCUUAGCUUGGUUUGAUUGUUGUCGAGUAUAUCCUGAAGCCAGAUUACUAACAUAUCCCGAACUUCCUACUCGGUUCAUCUAUGAUGCCAAAGACACCGAGUGGAAAAAAAGGAAAAAAGGCUUUGCAAUUGGAAGGUUGGCCCAUGUUUCACCAAGUUCUGGAGAGAAGUAUUAUCUUAGGAUAUUGAUUAAUAUCGUAAGAGGGCCGCGAUCAUAUGACGAUAUCAAGACUGUCAAUGGGGUUGUUCAACCGAGUAAUGAAGAUGCAUGUUAUAAGCUUGGAUUGUUGGAAAAUGACGAAGAGUACAUUCAAAGAAUUAAAGAAUGUAGUUUAUGGGCGUCAGGUGGUUACGUUCGGAAGUUAUUUGCGCAGAUGUUGUUAUCAUUAAGUUUAUCUUCGCCAAGGGUAGUAUGGGAGUCUACUAAAGACUUAUUAUCUGAAGAUAUUCUAUUCCUUGAGAGGAAAAAGCGAAGAAAUCCAGGUUAGUUAUAUUGUCUAGAAUAAUACAAAGCCGUAUAUCCGCCUCAUAUGUUCUGAAUGCUAAAUGUUUACGUUUCAUGAUAUUUAUUUAUAGGUCUUAUUAUGAGUGAAGAACAGAUUCUGAACGCAACACUGAUACUGAUUGAAAACAUCAUGCGCAGUAAAAAUAGUACUUUGGAGAAAUGGAAGACAAUGCCAAAGCCCAUUGAUAAUUCUGAUUCUUUGCUAGACAAUCAGCUAUUACAAGAUGAGCUUAACUACUCUCAUGAUGAUUUGCGUGAAAGACAUGACGAAUGGUUUGGGCAGAUGACAGACGAGCAGAGGUCUGUGUAUGACGAUAUAAUUGGAUGUGUUACGAGCAAAAGAGGACGAGUUUUUUUUGUUUAUGGUUUCGGAGGAACAGGAAAAACGUUUUUGUGGAACAUCCUUUCAGCUGCUGUUCGAUCAAGGGGUGAGGUGGUGCUUAAUGUUGCUUCUAGCGGCAUAGCUGCAUUAUUACUGCCUGGUGGAAGAACUGCUCAUUCUAGGUUUAGCCUUCCAAUAAAUCCAGAUGAAUUUUCUACAUGCAAGAUUCACCCAGGCAGUGAUCAAGCUGAGUUAAUCUACAAAUCUUCUCUCAUUAUUUGGGACGAAGCUCCAAUGAUGAGCAAGCAUUGCUUCGAAGCCUUAGAUCGAACCAUAUGCGAUAUUAUGAAGACUACAGAUGACACUCCUUUUGGUGGCAAAGUGGUGGUAUUUGGUGGUGAUUUCAGACAGAUUCUACCAGUUAUUCCGCGGGGUAACCGGGCUGAUAUUGUUAUGGCUGCUCUAAAUUCGUCCUAUUUGUGGAAGUAUUGCAAGGUUCUGCAGCUAACCAAAAAUAUGCGACUGCUAUCAGAACUUGACGAGAGUGUAGCUGACGAUAUUAAGACAUUCUCGAAGUGGAUACUGGAUGUAGGAGAUGGGAAGAUUAAUGAACCAAAUAAUGGAGAAACUAUCAUUAACAUUCCUAAAGAUCUUCUUAUUACGGAGUGUGGUGAUCCAAUUGAGGCCAUUGUUUCAGAAACCUAUGGGAACACUUUCAAAGACUCAAAAGACCCCAUUUUUUUCCAAGAACGAGCUAUUUUGUGUCCUACCAACGAAGAGGUUGAUGUUGUUAACAACUACAUGUUAGAUCGGCUGACAGGUACGUGAUAUAUUAACAAUUUUUAAGAUCAAAGCUUUUAAUUUAACUACCAACUAAAAUUCUAACUGGGAUGAAUGUAAUUUUAAUUUUCAGGCGAAGAAAGAACUUAUCUUAGUGCUGAUAGUACUGAUCCAGCUGAUACAAACUCUAAGGAUGACUCGGUUUUCUGUCCAGAAUUUCUAAAUAGUAUAAAGACCUCUGGUUUACCUAAUCAUUCUAUAAGGCUUAGAAUUGGUACGCCAGUUAUGCUACUCAGAAAUCUAGAUCCUACAGAAGGGUUGCGUAAUGGAACAAGACUUCAGAUAACACAAAUGGCUGAUCAUCUUAUUGGAGCAAAAUUUAUAACAGGUGCUCGAGUUGGAGAGAAGGUCUUUCUUCACCGUAUGCUGAUAACACCAUCAGAUACAAAGAUUCCUUUCAAAAUGAGACGCCGGCAAUUCCCUUUAAAAGUUGCAUUUGCAAUGACCAUCAAUAAAAGUCAGGGUCAAAGUCUAGCGAAAGUGGGUUUGUUUCUACGUAGACCUGUUUUUUCACAUGGACAGUUGUAUGUUGCUGUGUCUAGGGUUAAAUCAAGGAAAUGAUUAAAGAUUCUUAUUACCGACAAGGAGGGAAAGCCACAAGAGUCAACAAUGAAUGUAGUUUACAAGGAAGUUUUCCAAAACUUACUACAAAAUGGCAAUGACAUGUAGCUUUUCAUACGGGCAAAGGUGAUUGCAGGUUUUGUUUUGUUUUUAUUGUCUAACUACAUUUGCAUGUCUUCAGUUUUUAAUUGAAAAUCAAUUGUUUUGUGUUACAGCUUUGCGGUUUUCAGUUACCUGAUCGAAACAAUUAGCUGGAAAAGGUAAUACCUUUACAUGAAAGCGUGAACUUAAAAGUAUAGUAAUAUUUUAAGUCAUGGAUUGUUUGCAAUUAUUUUCUACCUGUUAUUAUAUUUUAUACUAAUUGCAAUACAAUGUUUCAGGAUAUUUGAGGAUCGCAACCUUUGUAAGCAACAUGGCAAGCAAGAACCUACACAUAAUAUUUAUUCAAGCAAGAAACAUAGCUCCAACUUUCCAGAUGAUACAUUUCAAUUUUUUUCUUCAAUAAAGUCAUACGAUUCUCCUAAACAUUUUUCUAUGGCCACCAAUAUUUAAACUAUGUUUCUAAACUGAUAUUAUUCCUCUAUUUCUUCCUAUUCCAGUCAAAGGAUGGAGUUUUUG